AUGACGGACUGCAAACCACUCGCCACCCCGGCUUCACUCACACAGCCUGUGUCUACAACAGCUGAUCUGUUUGAUAAUCCGACCCAAUACCGUCGUCUGGCGGGUGCCCUACAAUAUUUAACUAUUACUAGGCCUGAUCUUUCUUAUGCUGUAAACCGUUUGUGCCAGUUCAUGCAUGCUCCUACGCAGGAACACUGGAGUCUUCUCAAGCGGGUUCUACGCUAUGUUAAAGGCACCCUGGCGUACGGGCUACGGCUAGCUGCUUCACCGUCUACGGAUAUUCACGCCUACUCGGACUCCGACUGGGCCGGCUGUCCGGUGGAUCGCAAGUCCACAAGUGGGUAUGCGGUCUUUAUUGGCACCAACCUGGUGUCUGGGUAUCACGGAAACAACGCACUGUCGCACGUUCAUCGACCGAAGCCGAGUACAAAGGCCUUGCUGAUGUUGCCGCUGAGGACUAAGCACGUAGAGAUUGAUUAUCACUUCGUACGAGACAAAGUGGCUUCAGGGGCCUUCCAAGUCAAUUUCAUCUCUACAAAGGACCAAGUCGCAGAUAUCUUCACCAAGCCACUGCCGGCUCUCCGCUUCACCGGGCUACGUGACAAGCUCAAUGUUGUCCCAGUUCAACCUUGUACUUGA